AUGGCUCGUCCCGCAUCUUCUACUAGCGAUGUGUGCCUGUACUUCCUGGCGCUGUUCCUGCCGCCCCUGGCCGUCUUCUUCAAGACCGGCUGCGACUCGAACUUCCUCAUCAACAUCCUGCUGAGUAUUCUGGGGUGGUUGCCCGGCGUGCUGCAUGCCUGGUGGAUCAUCACCAAGUUCGAGAAGCCGGCAUUGACCGCCGUGUAA